AUGGCGCUCAGUCUCACCAUGAACUCCAUCAGUCCGGAACAAGACUGGACUUCCACUGGGCCUCAUCGGAAGGAUAAGGCUCCAGCGCUGGCCAGACAUACGAAGACGGAGGAAGGCGGCGGCGCCGACGAGACUGAACCAGUUGAUUCCGCUCUUCAAGCCGCGACGGUUGGAGGAGAGGAUCUGCGAAAGCUGCUUUUCGCAAAGGUGGAGGAAGAGUUAGCGAGGCGGCAGGCCGUUGCGGCUAAGGCGGCGGCGGCUAAGGCGGUGACGGCGGUGACAGAGGCGGCUGCGGAGGCCGCGGCGACACCGGUACAAGAGAUGGCUGCGGCGACGGCGGUGCCAGCGAUGGCGGUGCCAGCGACGGCGAUGGUAACGGAUGAAUCUCAGCACAUGCUACCGGGGCUCUACGUCCCCUCCCCGCCGAUUCCCCCGCUGGAGUACUCCUAUCGUCCUAUCCUCGACCGGACAGCAAAGUUCGCCGUGCACUGCGGGUUCUGCUCAGCAGUUGCCCCACUGCUCCUUGACCACAUCGUGUCGACAGUGUACGGAGCGCAGUUCGCAGGCAGCGUGGCGAUGCUGACGACCGCCGACGUGGACUACAUGUUCCACGUUUUCUGGAACUACGUGGUCACAACGUACACCAGGGAGGAGAUAUUCUUCAGGAUGGUCACCCGCCCAGGUAACAGCGGGAUCAUGAGGGACAACCUACGACCUUUGAUCGCUGUAUCCGUGCAAUACCACCAGGACUUCAUCGUCCUAUCCCCUCUGAACAAGGUCCUCUUUGUGGAGAACGUUCUGACGGACAUUUUCUUCAGGAAUGGUCGCUGCGGGGUGAUCGGCCUCCAAGACCUGUGCCGAAGCGACCUGGUGGCAUCUCUGAGUGCAGUGGGGCGGCACGAGAUCGUCUUUUCGGAUUCCGCCUAUCUUUCGUGGCAUAUCGACGGCGCCAAGAUGAUCCCGGGUGAAUCGAGUCCGGUCUUCAACGGGGCCUUCACAAGCGGCCACUGGGACUAUCCUCCCGCUGCCAGCAUUUAUGCCUUCUGA